CUCCCGAUUCAGAAUCACCGCAUCGAGACCCGCUCGCAGGCGUGGUUCCAUUCAGAUUGCCACAUCAUUCGAUGAUGAUUUCGGGGAUUUCUCGCUGGUCCAUGACGACGGGAAUGAUGAUGCGUUUGGUCUUGAUUUGUAUUCGAGUGAGAGUGACUGGAGCGAUGACGAUGUUGUGUUAGCUCUUGGGGAUGUCGAGUUGCCAAUGAUGACCGACAGACGCUUCAAGGGGGCAGAGGGUGCGAUAACUGUUGCUGCCCAUAGGCUCGCCACCAUUGACAAAGGGCAUAGGAAGAGCAGAACUCAACAAGGGCUGAUGAAUAAUCUUGGACUGAUUGCUUUCCUAGCAAUGUUACUUUUGUUUGUCGACUGGUGUUCGUGGAGGAUUGUUAGGCUACCUCUGGACUCGUUUUAUUUGACACGCCCUUUUUUAAUAUCAGCAGUUCUGUCAACAGUAGCUGGAUUUAUUUUUGCACCAAUUGCUGAUAGCAUGAAGAUCCAUCAUUUCCGGAGGAGAGGGAAGCCUAUUUCUCCAUCCUAUGGAAAGCCAACCCCAGCGAUGGGAGGGCUGUUCUUCAUCCCUAUUGGUAUUUUAGUUGCAAGAAGACAUGUUGGUUCCAACUCAAGUGGAGUAAAUGGAGCAGCUAUAAUAACCCUCAUAUUUGCAAUAGUUGGGUUACUUGAUGAUAUCUCAAACCUUGUCAUGGAUCACGAUCAUAAAAUACCUCAAUGGCUAAGAGUUUUGGUUCAGAUUGCUGCUGGAAUUUACUUCUUUAUCUGGUUGGGUUCUGCAAAUAUUUCAACACCAUAUAACAUGAAAUUCCUUGUACCUCUACCUCCUCCUUUUGGUCUUGCAUUCAUGGGAAAACUUUAUCUGGUUCUGGCUACAAUAUGUUCUCUUUCCAUGGGUACUGGAGUAACAUUGGUUGAUGGCCUUGAUGGUUUGGCUGGUGGUGUUGCUGCUUUAGCACUGGCUGGAUUGUCUGUUGCUGCUCUCCCAGUUUGCUCAGAACUGAGUGUUUUUGGAGCAUCAAUGUCUGGCGCUUGCACUGGCUUUCUUUUUCAUAACAGGUAUAGGGCCUCAAUAGUUAUGGGCCGAGUUGGUUCUUUUGCGCUUGGAGGAGCACUUGCUACAAUUGCAGCAUGUAGUGGAAUGUUCAUUCCUAUGUUAAUUGCAUGUAGUGUCUUCUUUCUCGAGUUGCUCUUGGUAAUAUUGCAGUGAACUUCAUAAGUUAUGAUAUUUAUUUGCUAAGUGGAUUAUGGUUAAACGAGUUGAUCACUGAUCAUACUUUCUCUGUCGAAUGUGCAUGGAUAUUCUUUAGACCUUUUAUCGUGAACCUGUAUCUGGCCAUAAUUGAUAUUUGCUCUUAUCCUGCUCCAGUAAACCCUCUAGUUUGUGUUAUCCUAUGUGUCUUUCUGGCCUGAAUUUCUGAAUCCUAUGUGCUAGACCACUGAGUGGAAGUGAAAUGAGAAGUACUGAACAAGGGCCUUUUGUGAAGACCUUUUGAUAUUUUGGCAAUUUGAAUACUUAACUCUUUUUUCACUAAACAAUCAGUUCGUGAACAAUGAAACAUUAAAUGGAACAAAAUUAGGUGGACUUAGUUUUACUUCCGUGCUCCAUAAUUCCAUACUGAUGCUCCCAGUUUAUUCUUCUUUCCUAAAAAAAGUUCCUGCUAUGAAUUAUUUGUACAAUACAUUUUCUAUAAUUUUCACCUUUAAGUCUUGUAAAAAACACAUAAUAGUGCAGUGAGAACUAUAUUUCGGGUCUACUCAGAAUCAAGUAUGAUGGUCUUCAGCAUUUAUUUGUUCAUGUAUCUUUGCAAAUGAUCAUUUGUUUGAUUCUAGCAUUUCAG